AUGCAAGGGGAGGAGACUCUUCCUGCUGACCGUCGGCCGCAGCUACAGCGAUGGGUGCAGGCCGCCAAGGACAGCAAGUACGUGCAGCAGCAGCAGCAGCAGCAGCAGCAGCAGCAGCAACAGCAGCAGCAGCAGCAGCAGCAGGAGCAGCAGCAGGUUGUGGGGUGUAUGUACACUGUGCUGCAUGCAGGGCCGUUUGCCUCGCCACGGCGAUCGCAUGCGAUGGAAAUUUAG